CUUUAUGUAUUAGGUGUAAGGAGUUGCGGCUUGAGGUGGCCUUUAACAAAACUGUAUUGAUUUUUGCCAGUUUCAGAUACGGAUUUAUCUAUAUUUAGCUGAUAAUGUCUGCUCCAAAGAAAGGAGAUCUGUCCGACACUGAAAAGGAGUUAUUCGUGGUUAUUGCUGCAGGUAAUGUGCAGGAAGCAUCACGGUUGCUUGGCUCCAAAGAUGUCAGGGUCAACUGCCUGGAUGAGUAUGGCAUGACGCCCCUCAUGCAUGCUGCAUAUAAGGGCAAAGCAGACAUGUGUAAGCUGCUAUUGCAGCAUGGAGCAGAUGUCAACUGCAAUGAGCAUGAACAUGGCUACACUGCUCUCAUGUUUGCCGGUCUCUCAGGAAAGACAGAUAUCACCUGGAUGAUGUUGGAUGCUGGAGCAGAAACAGAUGUGGUGAACUCAGUGGGCAGAACAGCAGCACAAAUGGCUGCUUUUGUGGGACAGCAUGACUGUGUCACCGUUAUCAAUAAUUUUUUCUCCCGGAAGAGGCUUGACUACUAUACGAAACCCCAGGGCUUAGAAAAGGAGCCAAAACUGCCCCCUAAGCUAGCAGGACCAUUGCAUAAAAUCAUCAUGAGUACUAAUCUCAACCCUGUCAAGAUGGUGAUGCUGGUCAAGGAGAACCCGCUACUUGUAGAUGCAGAGGCUCUAGAUAAGUGUCGAAAGGUGAUGGAGCUGAUCUGUGAGAGGUGUGUGAAGCAGCAGGACAUGAAUGAGGUUCUGGCCAUGAAGAUGCACUAUAUCAGCUGUUUGCUGCAGAAAUGUAGCGCCUUCAUCAAAGACCGUGAGGAUAAAUUGGAUGGCCUUACCAAGAGUCUUCUAAAAGGUAGAGAGACUGACGGCUUCCCAGUGUUCCAGGAGAAAUUUAUUCGGGAAUGCAUCCGGAAAUUUCCUUACUGUGAUGCUACUUUGCUUCAGCAGCUUGUCCGAAGUAUAGCUCCUGUUGAGAUAGGUAAUGACCCCACAGCUUUGUCAGUGCUUACCCAGGCCAUCACAGGGCAGGUGGGCUUCAUGGAUGCAGAAUUCUGCACCACCUGUGGGGAGAAGGGAGCAGAAAAGAAGUGCUCCAUCUGCAAAAUGGUGAUCUAUUGUAACCAAGACUGCCAGAAGCUUCACUGGUUUACCCAUAAGAAGGUCUGCAAGAAAAUGCAGGAGCAGAGGCAGAAGCAUGAGGCUGAAUCAGCCAAGCGACUAGAGAAACAGGCCAAAGAAGCUGAAGAGAAUAAAGCAUUGGAAGAGACGACCAACACCAUGGAAAAUCUCUCUGUUCAGAAGGACCAAGUUACCAGCACGUCAGAUAUCCAAAUAGAAAGUGUUAGCUCAGAGCCCGUUCCAGUAAAUGCAGACUGAUUAUACAGAGACACAACAUUAUCCCAGCUUCUUUCCCAAAAUCAUCAUUAUCAAAGACCUGCCUCAGCUAGACCGUUUUGAUCUGUUCAUCAUCCAGUAUCUGAGGUGGCCUUCAGAAUGUUUGUCAGAGAAGGGCUCCAUGGAGUAUGAGAUCAAGCGGAAAAGCCAACAAAGCUUUGUGACACAGAGGCACAUUGUGAAGGGUUUCCGUCCACAUCUAACACAUUGUACUGUAUUGUUUUGUUCUUUUUAAGUUGUGUAUGUGAUAAUGUGUAUGGAAACAUGUAGAUUUAGUAUAGAGAGAAUAUAUUUAUGAUAGUUGGUUUACGUAAAGUUGGUUUGUAAUAUAUUGCUUAAAGACACUGAAGCCAAUGCCUUAAAACAUGUCAGGUUAAUAGUGGAAGAGGAUUAAAAAAGAAAUGUAUAAGCAUUUCUGUAGCGAUUCUGAAACACAUUACUUUCUUGCAGUAAUACUCCAUCUCACAGUUGCAGUAAUGCAGAUGGAACCUCAAGAAAUUCACAAGUCUUCAUUAGGUUACUUCUGCAGUCAUAUUAAAGAGUUAAAAGUAGCAAAAGAGCUUCACAGUGCUCAGUAGAAUAAUGGGAAGGAAAGUAACAAACAAACAUGAGUAAUGAAAAACACUGCAAUGUUUUAACAUUUAUUACAGAUUGGGGGUGCCUGUAAGAGGUGCAGGAAAUGUAACGCUUACCUGAAUUUGAAAGUGAGGAUGCUGGCAGCAGUUGGGCUCCACUCCUCCAGGGGGCUCUGUUGAGUUGUUCUCAUACAGCACCAGUCGAUAAUAGAGAAUUGCAUGAUGAAUCUGCACUCAGAAGGGUCCGCUAUCUUGUCAGAUGGGCAACUGAAAACGGCAAACAGUUCCACACUACACUGCCCUCAAGUUUCUUUACAUCUGUCACAUUUUGGGCAGUUUAAACUUGUCCUCAUUCCUUUCCAUUUACUCACAUUGUACAGGUCUUUCUGGAGCCAUGUGGACCUGAAAUCAGUGGCACAUGACUUAUUAGUUAUAUAAAGAAGUGGUCCCUCCAACUUGAAACCCAAAUUAUCUUAUCUUGCAUUGCCAACACAAACACAGCGAAACACCUGGCUCGUCUUAAGUUCAGCAGUGAUUUGAUCUAUAUGUAAUACAGUGUGAGUUAGUAUGAGGCAAAUAGAAGCCUGUAAAAUGUGUCAGCUAUAAAGUAAAGCAUUAUUUUAGGCCAGAGAGCAUCCUUUGUUUAUUUCAUUUUUAGUCAAAACAGCCAUGAAGUUAUAUCUACCAGCGUCAGAAAAAAAAGGAGCAAACAUUU